UCUCUCUCUCUCUCUCUCUCUCUCUCUCUCACUCUCCACCACCCACUUGUUUAUUUUGUGAACCAACCUCCUCUGAUUCUUGGGUUCUAGCUAAUUUCAUCUAAAGCACAGAGAGACAAAUCAACAAGAGUACAAGACCCAUCAACUCCAUUAAGCCAAAAAUGUACGUGGACAGUACUAGUGCUGCAGCUGCCUGCAACUUUGAUCCCAGUACUAAUAACCCCAUGUCAGAAUCAGCCCCAGAAGUUGUCCUCCACAGCCACAACACCACCACCACCUUUGCUCAUGAAGAAAACUUGAGGAGGCUCUCCAUGGAAGAAGAGCUCUCUAACUACCACCACAACGCCGCCAUGGAAAUUGAGCAGCAGUUUCAGAACGAGAUGGAUUUUGGCACCAUGGACCAAAACACCACCACCAAUGCUCAUUUCGUUAACCCCUUUGACACCCACCAAGCCACAAACUGGGACACUUCUAAUGAAAUGCAACAACAAUUGCCCCCAACACCUGACCUGCUCAGCCUUUUCCACUUGCCCUCCUCCUCUUCUGUGCUCCCACACUCCUCCAUUAACUUCCCCCAUCCCAAGACCCCGGGAGGCUGUUUCCCGGGGUCUUUCGGGUAUGAGGCUCUGCCCGAGACUCCUUCUGGGGCGGCGGCCUCUUCGGUCAUGUAUGACCCAAUGUUCCACCUGAACCAGCUGCCUCCUCAGCCGCAGCCGCCGCUGUUCAGGGAGCUGCUGCAGUCCCUGCCACAUGGGUACAACUUGGGUGGGUCCAGAAAUGGGUCGAGCUUGUUUAGCAAUGGUGGGGAUGAGGUGGACGAUGGGAGUAGGCAGUUGUUUGAGAAUGGGGUGCUGGAGUUUUCCAAGGAGAUGAAGCCAUUUGGAAGAGGAAGAGGUGGGAAUAAAGGGACCAAACACUUUGCUACUGAGCGCCAAAGGAGAGUCCAGCUCAAUGACAAGUUUCAUGCUUUGAGGGAAUUGGUUCCAAACCCAACCAAGCCUGAUCGAGCAUCUGUAGUGGGAGAUGCCAUUGAUUACAUACAGGAGCUCAAGAGGACUGUGAGUGAGCUGAAACUGCUGGUGGAGAAGAAAAGGUGUGGGAGAGAGAGGAGCAAGAGGCACAAGACUGAGCAGGACAUAGGUGCUGGAGACGAUGAUGAGAGCUGUAACAUGAAGCCUCUUGGUGACCAUGAUCAUGACCACUCCUACAACAAUGGGUCUCUGAGGAGCUCAUGGCUUCAAAGGAAGUCCAAAGACACCGAGGUGGACGUCCGGAUCAUUGAUGAUGAAGUCACCAUCAAACUGGUCCAGAGGAAGAAGAUCAAUCUGUUGCUGUCUGUGUCCAAGCUUCUUGAUGAGUUGCAGCUUGAACUUCAUCAUGCUGCUGGGGGACACAUUGGAAAUUCAUACAGCUUCUUGUUCAACACCAAGAUGUAUGAAGGGUCUUCUUUGUAUGCAAGUGCCAUUGCCAACAAGCUCAUUGAGACUCUGGAUAGACAGUAUGCAGCAAUUCCACCUACCAAUAGUUAUUAGUUAAAGGAGGCAUGAGAACUGAGAUGUUGCUUAGAAUUACUACCUAGUCUUUAUAAUAUGUUUCUCUUAUAGUAUGUUGGUCUAAUUACAUUAUAUCAUAUAUGAUGCUGAUUAGUAGAGAUUAAAGAAGUAGACAAUAAACUUGGUGUGACAGAAAGCAUGAAAUAGAAUAUUAUAUAUAUGACUUACUUUUGGGAUUUGAGA